GCUCUACCCCAGUCACCAAGAAUACCAAGCACAUUUUCCUAGAGCUGGAUAAUCUACAGCCCAAGAUCGAUGCUUUCUUCUAGGAAUCUGCCACCAAGGACGCAUGGUCAAACAAUGGUAUCUCUACCACUUCAGGUUGGCUAAAGGAAGGACUUCAACCCCGCAGCAUUACCAGGGACAUGAAAUGGGGAACAGCAGUACCUCUGCCAGACUACGAAGAUAAAGUGAUUUAUUCAUGGUUUGAUGCCUGCAUCGACUACGUCUCAAUUACAGCCGCAUACACCGACCAAUGGGAGAAAUGAUGGCGGAGUCCAGAUGAUGUUCAACUAUAUCAAUUUAUCGGAAAAGACAACGUUGUCUUCCAUUCUGUCAUGUUCCCUGCGUCUCAAAUAGGAACUCAAGAUACCUGGACAAAGCUACAUCAUCUCUCGACAACGGAUUACCUUACGUACGAAGGCGGCAAGUUCUCCAAGUCUCGUGGCAUUGGCGUCUUUGGGGAUUCGGCUCACGAAACAGAGGUGGCCUCGGACAUAUGGCGUUUCUAUUUGCUCUACUGUGGACCUGAGACGGGUGACACCAAGUUCACCUGGGAUGGUUUCAUUAGUGCUGACAACAACCUGCUCCUCAAGACUCUUGGCAACUUUGUUAAUCGCGUCUUGAAGUUCAUCAACUCGCGAUAUCACAGUAUUGUCCCCGACUGGGCCGAACACCAUGAGUCUUCCUUCGACGCCUUCAAAGAGGACGUAAACCAAUUGCUCGCGCAGUACACCCGCGAGCUUGACGCUGUGAAGCUCCGCGCUGGGUUGUUCAUUUUCCUCGCGGGGUAA